UAGACUGUUACUGACUGUCAUUAAUGGAGCAGAAAGCAUGAGAUAUUCAAGAUUCGUACACUGAGUAGUUCAAGUACACAUUGUGGUUAUGUGACCAUCAUAGUAAUAUCUUAUUCUUUCACAUUGCCAUCUCUUUUUUGAUCUACAGAAAAAGAGAAGAACAGGAUGAGGAGGGAUAAUCAGAGUAGCCUGUCAGAAUUCCUCCUCCUAGGGCUUCCCAUCAGGCCAGACCAACAGGACAUAUACUAUGCCCUGUUCCUGGGCAUGUACCUCACCACAGUGCUAGGAAACCUGCUCAUCAUCCUGCUCAUCAGGCUGGACUCGUGCCUCCAAACUCCCAAGUACUUCUUCCUCAGCCAUUUGGCUUUCAAUGACAUCUCUUUCUCAUCAGUCACAGCACCAAAGAUGCUGAUGAACAUGCAAAUGCAGAAUCAAUCCAUCUCAUAUGCUGGGUGCAUUUCUCAGGUAUAUUUUUUCUUAUUUUUUGCUGCUAUUGACAGUUUCCUUCUUACUUCAAUGGCCUAUGACAGGUACGUGGCUAUUUGUCACCCCCUCCACUAUACCACCAUCAUGAAUCGCAGCCUGUGUUUCCUGCUAGUAAUUUUGUCCUGGGUCUUAUCCUUUGCCAGUGCUCUAUUGCACACACUGUUGCUGGCUCACGGGAUGAAGAGGGAUAAUCAGAGCAGUCUGUCAGAAUUCCUCCUUCUGGGGCUCCCCAUCUGUCCAGAGCAGCAGGGCAUAUACUAUGCUCUGUUCCUGGGCAUCUACCUCACCACCGUUCUGGAGAACCUGUUCAUCAUCCUGCUCAUCAGGCUGGACUCUCGCCUCCACACCCCCAUGUACUUCUUCCUCAGCCACUUGGCCCUCACUGACAUCUCUUUCUCAUCAGUCACAGCACCAAAGAUGCUGAUGAACAUGCAAAUGCAGAAUCAAUCCAUCUCAUAUGCUGGGUGCAUUUCUCAGGUGUAUUUUUUCUUAUUUUUUGGUGGUAUUGACAGCUUCCUUCUCACCUCAAUGGCCUAUGACAGGUACGUGGCCAUUUGUUACCCCCUCCACUAUACCACUAUCAUGAGUCGGAGCCUGUGUUUCCUGCUAGUAAUUAUGUCCUGGGUCUUAUCCUUUGCCAGUGCACUAUUGCACACACUGCUGUUGGCUUGUCUCUCUUUCUGUGGAGACAACACUAUUCCCCACUUCUUCUGUGACCUCUCUGCCUUACUUAAACUGUCCAGCUCAGACACCUCAACAAAUAAGCUGGCAAUCCUCAUUGUGGGGGUCAUGGUCAUUACCCUUCCAUUCAUAUGCAUCCUGGUCUCUUAUGGCUGCAUUGGGUCCACUAUCCUGAGAGUUCCCUCAACCAAGGGAAUCUGCAAAGCCUUGUCCACCUGUGGCUCCCACCUCUCCGUGGUGUCUCUAUACUAUGGGGCUAUUAUUGGGUUGUACUUUUUCCCCUCAUUCAGGAACUCUAAUGACAAAGAUGUCAUUGUGGCUAUAUUAUACACUGUGGUCACUCCCAUGCUAAAUCCUUUUAUCUAUAGUCUGAGGAAUCGGGACAUGAAAGGAGCUUUGGGAAAUAUACUCAAAAGAAGAACAUUUUCACCAUACUGUGCACUGAAUUUAGAUAGGUGUUGUGACUUGUUUUGUUUAAUAAGAUGCUAGCAAACAUGCUAAGAGUCUUGAAAAGAGC